AUGUCGGACCCCUGGGGAACUGGCGACAUGUCUGAGGCACUUCCUGCCACCAAGGAGGCCGAUGCCUUCCCCACCACUGAGCAGAGCACCCAGGUUCAGAACGGUGACGCUCAGGCCGAGCCCCCCAAGGGCUAUGAUGCCUCCCGUGGUCGCUGGACCGAGCCCCAGGCAUUUGAUUACACGUCUCUGGCCGCUGGUGGUGACACCCAGACUUGGGGCUGCAGUGCCCGUGCCUACGCCUGGCAGGACGAGUAUGGUGAAGUUGGCCCCAAAUGCCCUGAUCUCGAGCUCGAGCUUUUCGGCGAGCCUGACACUCGUCAUGAACGAAAGGGGCUUGAUUUUUCUCGAAUCGAAAGUAUCGAGGUCCAGCAGGAGGGACCGACCAAGAUCGAUCCUAUCAAGUCCUUCGAGAAGGGUGGCAUUCAUCCCGCUAUGUUGGAGAACAUCGAGCUUUGCGGAUACGAUGUUCCCACUCCUAUCCAAAAGUUCACCAUCCCGUCUAUCCUCACUGGUCAUGACGUUAUCGGGAUCGCUCAGACAGGAUCUGGCAAGACAGCCGCUUACCUGAUUCCCAUUUUGAGCAAGCUCAUGGGAAAGGCCAAGAAGCUGGCUGCCACUCGCCCAAACCCCAUCACUUUCCGUCCCGGUAUGGACGAAGUGGCUGCUGAGCCUCUCGUUUUGAUCGUCGUUCCGACUCGCGAGCUUGCGCUUCAAAUCUUCAACGAGGCGCGUAAGCUGUGCUAUCGCACCAUGCUGCGACCUGGUGUUGUGUACGGUGGUGUGCCUAUCAGCGAGCAGAUUUCACUCCUCAGCAUGGGCUGUGACGUUCUUGUCGGAACCCCUGGACGUCUUGUUGACUUCAUUCAGCGACCUCGAAACCUCACCCUCCGCCGUCUGCGCUACAUAGUCAUUGAUGAAGCUGAUGAGCUUCUGAAUGAUGACUGGGCCGAGGAACUGAACCCGAUCCUGUCGGGUGGCGAGCAGGAUGAAGGAAACGUCAAGUUCAGCUUGUUUUCGGCUACCUUCCCGAAGGCCGCCCGUGACCUUGCCAAGAACUACCUGGCUGCUUCCCAUGUCCGUUUCCGUGUUGGUCGUGCUGGCAGCACGACCGCCAACAUCCGGCAGAUCGUCCUCCAAGCUGAGGGUCAUGAAAAGCGAGAGCUUCUGGUCGGUUUACUUGAGGAAAUGCACGGCAUUCGCACUAUCAUCUUUGUCAACAGCCGUCAGUCCGCAGACAACCUCGAUGAUUUUCUCUUCAACAUGAAGCUGCCGGUCACUUCCAUGCACAGCGACCGUACUCAACAGGAGCGCGAGGCCGCUAUGCGUGCCUUCCGAUCGGGCAAUGCACCUAUCCUCAUUGCCACUGGAGUCACUGCGCGUGGUAUCGACGUCCAAAACGUCAUGCAUGUCAUCAACUACGACCUGCCUUCUAUUGAGUAUGGCGGUAUCGAGGAAUACACUCACCGCAUCGGCCGAACUGGCCGCAUCGGACAUCGAGGCGUGGCUACGUCCCUCUUUUCUGAGCGAGAUGAACCACUUGGCAGCGUUCUCACCCGCACCCUCCUGGAGACUGACCAGGAAAUUCCCGAGUUCUUGCAGCAGUACGUCCCUGAAGGCGAUGCCCGCGCCAACCUCAAGUUCGAGGCUGAUUCGGACUUCGAUCCCAACGACUAUGCUGGUGCUGGAGAUGCUGGUGGCGAUGCUUGGGGAGCUGGUGAUGGCGGUGACACCGGCGGUGAUGCCUGGGGUGGUGGUGGUGACACCGGUGACACCGGCGGUGGUGAUGCAUGGAGUGGUGGUGGUGCUGGCGAUGCUUGGGGUGCUGCUCCUGCCCCUGUUGCCGUCGAUGCUUGGUAA